AGAUUGAAACCCUUCUUCGAUUGUUUCAACCUAGAUCGAGAGAACAAAGUCUUGGUGCCACCAUUGGAGGUACUGCUGAAAGCCCUCGAAAACUAGUUAAAGACCCUUCGAGUUCUCGAUCGUUUCUUGCCAUGGCUAUCGUAGUCUCUGACCAAGAUGCAGAUGCAGGAGUUUUCAGAUCGUUUUCAGAAUCAACACCAUUUAGUUACAUUCUAAAGGUAGAGUCCUUUUCAUUGCUGGCGGAUGAUUCAAUUGCGGAGACAAAUGUUAAAUGUGAAUCAGGGGUCUUCGGAGCCGGAGGAUACAAUUGGAAACUUGUGUUCUACCCAAAUGGAAACAAGAAGAAGAAUGUAAAAGACCACAUCUCUCUCUACUUGGUAAUGGCCGGGGAGAACUCACUCCAGCCUGGUGAGGAAGUAUAUGUUGAUUUCAGGUUAUUUUUGCUUGAUCAGAUAAAGAGCAAGUACUUGGUUGUUGAAGAUGCUUUUACAAGGAACUUUUGCUUUCGAAGGGAGAUGUCUGGUGCCGUCGGUUUUGAUAAACUUGUCUCUCUAAGGGACUUUACUGAUGCCUCCAGUGGUUAUCUAAUUGAUGAUAAAUGUGUGUUUGGAGCUGAGGUCUUUGUUUGUAAUGGAAGAAGACCCGUACCCCAAGCAGAUUGUCUAUCAAUAAGGAAGACUACUUCACAGAAGUACAAGCAUACUUGGAAGGUUAGGAACUUUUCAAGCUUAGCCGCUCAAUGCUAUGAAGAACGAUUUACGGCUGGAGGCCAGAAAUGGAAGAUAACUCUCUAUCCCGCGGGUUGUCGCGGUGGAGCGGGUACUCAUCUCAGUCUUUUUCUGGCAUUAGCUGAUCCAGAAAAUCUUCCUGAUGGCACCAAAAUAUCUACCAAUUAUUGCCUGCGCGUUGUAGAUCAAAUACAUGGGCGUUGUAUUAAACAUAGUUUAAGUGGUCAUAUUUUCAGUGGCACUGAUAAGAUUUGGGGUUGGCCUCGUUUCAUUACACUGGACGAUUUCAGACGGGAAGACAAAGGGUUUUUGAGGAGGGAUACUUGCAUAGUGGAGGCAGAGUUCACGAUCAAUGGAACUGCUAUGACACGCUCGUGUUGGAGCAGGCAUGUUGGGGCAGCAGCAGCAGGUGGGUGGCUGGAGCGUGCACGGCUGCAGGUAGCAAGCGUGGGGCAGGGGCGCAGUCAGGCAUGGGCGCUAGUCGCUGGCAGGAAGGAUGCAGCAGCACCGGGGUAG